CAAAACACCGUUUGGGCGAUCCCAGACAGACUAGACUUAUUUACUACUGUAGCUAAAAAGGUUUACCCAAAGAAAAGGACUUCCGGCCGACCCAGAACCAGAUCGAGAGAUAGUUAUAGAGAUACGAUAGCAGAUUCAUAAUGGGCCAGACGCUGUCGGAACCGGUGACCACCAAGGACUCGGCCUGCUGCGGGAAUUCGGCAUAUCGCGUGGGCUCCAGCUGCAUGCAGGGAUGGCGCGUUGAGAUGGAGGAUGCCCACACCCAUAUUCUAUCCUUGCCCGAGGAUCCGCAGGCGGCCUUCUUCGCCGUCUACGAUGGACACGGUGGAGCGGCGGUGGCCAAGUUUGCGGGCAAACAUCUGCACAAAUUCGUGACCAAGAGGCCGGAGUACAGGGAUAUUAAUGGUGUGGAGUUGGCCUUAAAACGGGCCUUUCUCGACUUUGAUCGCGAGAUGCUGCACAAUGGUUCCUUUGGCGAGCAGAGUGCCGGUUCCACGGCCGUGGUGGUUCUCAUUCGCGAGCGGCGCCUGUACUGCGCCAAUGCGGGUGAUUCGCGGGCCAUUGCCUGCAUUUCGGGUGCAGUGCAUCCUCUGUCCGUGGAUCACAAACCGAAUGAUGAGGCGGAGGCCAAGAGGAUCCUGGCUGGCGGCGGUUGGGUGGAGUUCAAUCGGGUUAAUGGCAACCUGGCGCUUUCCCGCGCCCUCGGCGACUUCAUCUACAAGAAGAACUCUCAAAAGACUCCAGAAGAGCAGAUUGUGACCGCCAAUCCGGAUGUGGAGAUCCGCGACAUCAACGAUGAUUGGGAGUUUGUACUCCUCGCCUGCGAUGGCAUCUGGGAUGUGAUGAGCAGCGCGGAGGUCUGCCAGUUUGUGCGCAGGCGCAUUGCCGCUGGUCUCGAACCGGAGACCAUUUGCGAGGAGCUGAUGAACAACUGCCUGGCUCCCGAUAGCCAGACGAGCGGUCUGGGUGGCGAUAAUAUGACCGUGAUCCUUGUGUGUCUGCUGCACAACAAGAGCUACGAGGAUCUGGUGGUGCGUUGUGGGGGAAAGAGGAAGUUAGCCACCUCUAGCAGCCCCUUGGAAACUGUGGGCGACAUCAAGGAUCCACCGUCGGUCCUGAAAGUCGUGACUCCUCAUUUCUCACCGGGAUCUUCGUCGGGAACCUCUCGUCUGGGCAUGGGUUUCAGCCUUCGCGAGAGCGAUUCCCCAAAGGAGAAUUCUUAAAUGCUUAUCCACUGUGUUUUUUUCUGUUUUGCGUUCCUUGUUUCUCGUUUUUUGGCUCCCACAACUAUUUAGAUCCUCACACUGAUUUCAGUCCCAAAUUACCAGUUGAUUUCGAAUCUUUUUUUCACCGCUUUGGCAGUUAAAAUUUAAUAAAAUGUUC